AUGAAGUCCUCAUUUCUUCAAGAACUUGCUAAUGGAAUUUCUGUCGCCACAACAUUCCAGGCUGGGAAGUCGUCAAGGAGAUAUUUGCCUGAUUCUCGUGGCAAAUACAGCAAGUCUAUCAUGAAAUCAAAGCAAAGUAGGACACCCUUUCACCACAAAACUGGAUUUUUACAGAGGGUCCGAGAGCAUGUAAGACUUGGGCCAAAGAUAACCGAUACAGUAAAAGGUAAAUUAAGUUUGGGAGCCAGAAUUCUUCAGGUUGGUGGAGUAGAGAAAGUCUUCAUGCAACUUUUUGGUGUUAGAGAAGGGGAGAAACUGUUGAAAGCGUCACAAUGCUACUUAUCAACCACAUCCGGUCCUCUAGCUGGCCUUCUCUUCAUAUCCACUGAUAAAGUUGCUUUUUGCAGUGAGAGAUCCAUCAAAGUUUCUACUGCCAAAGGAGAAUUUAUGAGGGUCCAUUAUAAGGUCUCUAUUCCCCUUGAAAAGAUAAAGUCUGUCAACCAAAGUCAAAAUGUGGAGAAGCCCUCACGAAAGUACAUAGAAAUUGUCACUGUGGAUGGUUUUGAUUUCUGGUUUAUGGGUUUCUUAAAUUAUCAGAAAGCUUUGAGAUGUCUUGAGGAGGCUAUCUCUCAAGAUUAG